GUUCAUGGGCCUGGAGCAGACAUUGAUAUCUUAUGUGUUGGACCUUCAUAUGUGAACCGAGAGGAGGAUUUCUUUGUCACACUACAUGGCAUAUUAACACAACUGGAAGAAGUGACUGAACUACAACCUGUACCUGAUGCUCAUGUACCUCUUAUGAAAUUUAAGUUCCACGGGAUGGCAAUUGACCUUCUCUAUGCCAGUGUAUCUCUUGCAGUAAUACCACCAGAUUUCAACAUCUCUGAAGGGUCUGUGCUUUGUGGCGUUGAUGAAUCAACUGUUCGAAGUCUUAAUGGGUGCAGGGUGGCAGACCAGAUUCUUCGACUUGUUCCAAAUGUUGAGAACUUCCGGACAACACUCAGGUGUUUGAAGUACUGGGCAGAGAGAAGGGGCGUUUAUUCCAAUGUUACUGGUUUCCUUGGGGGUGUCAACUGGGCCAUAUUGGUUGCUCUUAUCUGCCAACUCUAUCCUAAUGCUGUACCAAGUAUGCUGGUCUCAAGAUUCUUCAGAGUUUUUACGCAGUGGCAGUGGCCGAAUCCAGUGAUGCUUUGUGCCAUUGAGAAUGAUGACCUUGGUUUUUCUGUAUGGGAUCCACGUAAAAAUCCUCGUGAUAGAUCUCAUGUUAUGCCUAUCAUAACUCCAGGCUAUCCAUGCAUGAACUCUAGCUAUAAUGUAUCUUCUAGCACAUUGAGGGUUAUCAAGGAGCAAUUUAAGCUCGGUAAUAAGAUUUGUCAGGAAAUUGACCUUAAUAAGGCUAGUUGGACUGCCUUGUUUGAGCCUUUUAAUUUUUUCGAGGCAUAUACAAAGUAUCUAGUGGUUGACAUUGUUGCGGACAAUGAUGAUGAUCUUCGGCUUUGGAAGGGAUGGGUCGAGUCUCGACUGAGGCAGCUGACCUUGAAGAUAGAGCGGGAUACUAAUGGAAUGCUGCAAUGCCAUCCUUACCCAUGUGACUAUUCAAAUCCUACAGUACAGUGUGCUCAUUGCUCCUUCUACAUGGGCUUAUCAAGGAAAGAAGGGAUGAAAAUACAUGGUCAAAACUUUGAUAUUCGUGGAACGGUAGAUGAGUUUAUGCAUGAAAUCGGAAUGUACACAUUGUGGAAGUCUGGAAUGGACCUAGCGGUCACUCAUAUUCGUAAGAAGCAGAUCCCUCAUUAUGUGGGUUACAAGAAACCUUGUCCAGCAAUGCAUGCAAACCAGCGAGAGCAGUCUGAUAGACAUGACACUGAAGAUGACACACUGACAGCAUCUAUGUUGGGCCAACUAAAGAGAAAGCGUGAUUUUGAUGGAGCUGGUCACAGUGAAUCAUGUAAAUCUGUUAAAAGGUCUUCAGUAAGCCUAGGCUACGAGGAAAGUCCACCUGAAUAUGGAAGCAUUGUAAGUAAAGGUGUAUCCGAAAACACAGUCAACUUGGUUUCCAGUGCCCUCUGUAAUGGAGUUCAGAAUGGACUGUCGCAUGGCGAUGUAAAUUUGGAAUCAGCAAAUUGCUCCAGUUCACCACAUGGAUCUGAGGAGUCUGCAGCAUCAGGCACAAGCUGUGCAGCUGUGGAAACAGUUCACAUGGUUGAUGAAACUGUUGGUCCUGAAAGCUCAAUGGCAUGUGUUAUCAAUGGUACGGUUCAGACUAUGGCAGUGCAGACACCUUUAAAAUGUGUGGCUGAGAAAGAUGAACCCAAGUUUGAGGGAAUUGGUAGCUUGGCAAACAGCAAUUCUGCCAAGUUUAUGGAACAGACAGAAAUGCUCACCGGAAACGUCCUUGGUGAGAAUAUGCACUUGUGUGAAUGAGCUGAUUUGAAGUGACCUUCCACUAAACAGAUUAUGCAGGUGCCAAAUUGGUUGUAUCCAGAAGCCAGAAAGCUUCAAUUAGGUCUGCCCUAAACUGCGUGAGUGGAGGAUAGUCAAAAGGAAAAAAGACUGCUGACUUGUUGAAUGGAACAGGGGUUUCAUGCCUGUGGUCGGUAAGUUUGUUUGCUCCGAGUUCUGACAUGGAUUUUCUCAGAAGGGGGUCUUGAAAGAAGAGGUGCUUGUGGUGCCGGAAUGUUCAGUCAGCUAUAUGGAGCAAAUGUGCAGCAGUUUGUCCCAGAUGCUUCUCUGACAAAGACAAGCUGUUACCCAAAACUGCGAACCAUGUACCAUCCAGGUUACUUGAUCUUAUUACUAGUAUAAUACACAGCUUGUAAGUGUUAUACAGAGAUGCUCUACCUUACACAUUAAUUACAUAGGUUCAGGUCAGAGUUAGGUAGCUUACCAUCAAUUUUGUCAUAGAGAAGACUGCACACCCUUUACCUAUGAUAAUUUUCAAAUGCUGGAAGCUUUGUCUACUCA